AUGGCUUUCCUUCUCAGCCUUGUCCUUUUGUCAAGCUGGACCGCUGUAGCUUUUACAUUCCCUCACAAUACUUUUGACAACAUUGUGAAAGGGUCAAGAGUGGAAUUUGAAUCAUCUGGCAGUGGACCAGAUGAACCUGUCCAAGGAACAGUUAAGGUUGUGCAGCUGGACCCUCGUGCCCUGGCCCAGUCAGGGUUCUUCAGAAGGGGGUUGACCCCCAGAAGAGUCUCGUCCAUUAGCUCCAGAUUGUCCUUUCCUGCAUUCCUGUCUCGUGGGCGUCCAGGUCUGUCUCCUGCCCCCAAGACCCUUAAGAGUCCACUGCACCACCUGCAGCCCAAAAGCUCCACUGAGAUGGAACUAAAGAAGAGGCAAGGCCUGCAGAUGUGGCAGAGAGCCAUAAAUAAAGGAGAAAAGUUGACCACAUCCCUGCAAGUCAAACUGAGGGACACUAAACAGGCGUGUGCUGCAGUACCUUUCACUCAGCGUGUGACAGCAGAUGGGUGCGAAACAAUAACACUGCACAAUAAGCUGUGUUUCGGCCAGUGCAGCUCGCUUUUUGUCCCAUCUGAAGGGGAGUUUGCAGGGCUGGACAUUGGCACAGAUGCCCUCAACCACAGGACCCCCUGCUCCCGCUGCGCCCCUUCCAAAUCUCGUGUGGUGACUGUACCCCUGCGCUGUGGAGCCGACGUCCGGGAGAAACAAGUGAUGGUGGUGGAGGAGUGCAAAUGCGAGACGAGCCAUGAGGAGAAUAGGGCUGAGGCUGCAGCUCCCACACACCUGUAA